AUGUCUGCGCAAGAUACCACAGGAGCUAGGCGGAAAUGCCUUCUCGAAAACGUCCGCGUAUUUGACGGGACUAGUUUUAGUGACUGCCAAUCAGUUUUCAUAGACGGAGAAACCAUCGGCAACAACCCAGACGGAGCAGACGAAACAACUGAUGGAAAGGGUGGUUUUCUAAUACCCGGUCUGAUUGAUGCUCAUGUCCAUCUCCACCAUGAGGGGCAUCUACAUGCCCUCGCGAGCUAUGGAAUCACGACGGCCCUAGAUAUGGCGAUGUGGCCCGCGAAUAAGAUGAAUGGGCUCCGAGGCAAGGCUGGUUUGCCAGAUAUCAGGAGUGCUGGGUUACCCGUGACAGCUUCCGGUAGCAUUCACAGCUGCAUGCUGCCCCUUCCUGAAGAAGCAUUACUGUCAGGCCCCGAGCAGGCUGACAGCUUUGUACAAAAGAGAAUCGACGAGGGAUCGGAUUAUAUCAAGCUCAUAGCAGACGUGCCAGGGCCCGGACAGGAAACGCUCAAUGCCGUGUCUGCAGCUGCCCAUGACAAAGGCAAAAUGGUUGUGGCUCACGCCUCGUCUUUCACUCCGUUUAAUAUGGCAUUGGUAGCCAAGGCAGAUAUUAUCACCCAUGCACCACGGGAUAAUAUCUGCGAAGCCUCCCUGGGUGCUGCCUUGGGAAUGAUGGUCUCCAAGCCUUCGCUUUUCAUGGCCAUCUUGAAAUCUAAAAGAAGUGGUCAAGGAGAACAGACUUAUGAGAAUGCAAGGGACUCAGUUACCGCGAUGUAUCGUGCCGGCGUGCCAAUUCUAGCAGGGACUGAUUGCCACGAUGAGCCGAAUUCAUUCUUUGAAGUCAAGCACGGAGAAUCUUUGCAUCGGGAGCUCGAACUUCUCGUCGAAGCGGGUGUGUCUGUACUAGAUGCUUUGCGUGCAGCAACAGUUCUCCCAGCAGAGCAUUUCCAGUUGAAUGAUCGAGGUGUUAUUGCCGUAGGGAAACGAGCUGAUCUUGUGCUACUUCGUGAAGAUCCCACUAAGGAUAUACGAGCGACUCGGAGUAUCGAACGAGUAUGGUGUGGUGGUAUUGAGAAUCAGAGUGUUGCAUAG